AUGUCGCGAUCUCCGCAACGAGACCCUAAUGAUACUGAUUUAAAAUGUAAUGCAUGUAAUGUUAUAAUUAGUGAACUGUUGGCCUUUGUGUGUAACAAGGUGGACACACUCCCCGAGACAGCUAUAGUGCAAAUAUGUAUGAGUGCAUUUGCCGAUGUGGAGAUUGAAAAUGCCAGGCAACUUGUUUACAAGCUGUUGGCACCCUCACGGAAACUUAUGAGAAGAAAGGAAGGUAACCAACAGAAGAGUGUGCAAGAAAUAGUAAAGAUCGUGAAAGAAUCGGACCCUGAUUGUCUACCGAUUUUCGUGGCCAAAGAUCUCAAUAAAUUGCCACCGGUCACGUUUGACCAUAUAGAUGUGACUACAUUCCUAAAGGAAAUGUCAAUACUUAAAAAAGAAGUCGCCAACUUACGAAGAGACAAUUCGGAGGUGUCCUCGCAAACGACCAUGGAGGAGGUGGCAUCACUUAAAUUUGAAAUACAGCAGUUAAAAGACUUAGUUCAAGACGCAUUAUCGAAGAAUGAGGGUGAAAACACUAAUGAAAUAUUAAAACGGAAAACGAAUACUUUGCCUAUUAUACCAUCUAUAAACAUUAGUGAUAAGGAGGUAGAAGAAAUAUUCUCCGAAAGCAUUGAUUUCGAACGAUCACCGCGGCCGAGAGAAGCGCUCGGCGCGGGGGCAGCGAGAAGUGGGGAGAGGGAGCGCAAAAGAGAGUGUGGCAGCGAACGCGUGCCGUCUCCGAUGUCGCGUGAGAGCGAGACAGCGAAAAUCGAGCGGCGAGUGGAUGGUGGCGGCGCGGGCGGCAGCGGCCGAACAAGUGCAAUGCAAUCCGCGCCUAUGUACAGCGACUCGAGCGUAAUGAUAACAGCUGAUAAGCGGAAUUAUACGAUGGCGGAGGCUGUUAAGAAUGCAACGAUUCCUAGUCACAAUUCUAAGCAAGGUGAAUAUGAAUGGUCAACGGUGCAGCACAAACGUCGUAAAAUUAGUAAUAGGAGGGGUGUCGCCCAGCCCUUGGAGCAAUUUAACUUUAAGGCAGCCGAAAGGAAAAUAUCCUUAUAUAUUUCUAGAGUACAUAAGGAAACCACUCCUGGGGACAUAGAGGCUUUCAUUAAAUAUAAGACUGACCUUAAUGUGCAAGUUUAUAAAAUAAACAAUAUAAUUAAUGAAUUUAAUGCUUUCAAGGUUGUGGUUCCAUUAAACAGUGUCGACUUAUUCCUGAACGAUAAUGGUGAUCGUUUCUGGCCAGCGGACAUUGUUUUCAGGAAGUUCUGGGAACGUAAGCAAGUCGGUAAUAAGAGGUCGACAACGAACGCUUAG